AUGGCCACCUCCACCAUGUCUGUCUGCUCUGACGCUUGCACCAACUCCUCCUGGCAGGUGGAUGACUGCCCAGAGAGCUGCUGUGAGCCUGGCUGCUGUGCCCCCAGCUGCUGCCAGUCCAGCUGCUGCCAGCCUAGCUGCUGCCAGCCCAGCUGCUGUGUCCCCAGCUGCUGUGCCCCAGCCUCCUGCAUUACUCUUGUCUGUACCCCAGUGAGCUGUGUGUCCAGCCCCUGCUGCCAAUCUUCCUGCUCACCAUCAUGCUGCCAGCCCUCAUGCUGUGUGUCUGUCAGCUGCACACCUGUCUGCUGCAAGCCUGUCUGCUGUGUCUCCAUCUGCUCUGACUGCCAGCCAGCCUGUUGCACCUGCUCCCCCUGCCAGCCGUCCUGCUGUGUGCCUGUCUGCUGCAAACCUGUCUGCUGUGAGCCUGUCUGCUGUGAGCCUGUCUGCUGUGAGCCUGUCUGCUGUGAGCCUGUCUGCUGCGGGGCUUCCUCCUCAUGCUGCUGA